AUGGAGAUUGAAGAAAAUGUAGUAGAAAAUAGUUGUGAUUGUCGAGAAGUGAAGAAUGUGUUAUUGAUGGGGAAUUUUUUAGAGAAUAAUUUUGAGCCUGUUUUGGAGCAAUUUGAAAGCAUGGACAGUUCAAAGUUUAGUAUAUUGAUGAGACAAGGAUGCGACAUGUUUCGAGUUUUGAUCAUGAAGAAUGUAGACUUAAUCGAGAGAACAAAAGUCAGAAACAUGAAAACUAUGGAUUUUAGUAUGGAAGAAACAUGA